CUCACGCCACCCAAGAACACAGAGUCCCUCCCGAUCAGUCCAUCACGUCAAACUUUGAGAUAAAAUCGCCGCUUCAACGGAUUAUCUAGCUAUAGAAUUUGGACUUUGGACUUUGCCUUCUGUCCAUCUGUCCAAUGGCUGACAAUUGCAUAUUAUAAUUCAACUUCUUGCGUGUAGUCUUGUGAGAUGGUCCGUGUCGCUGCAAAAUCUUAGGAAGCCAUCGAAAAGGGACGGGCAACAAAACAACUCCCGUUGUUUGGAGCGGCUGUUUGAGCAGACCUCUCACCCGAUCCUUUCCAUUCGUGCGUCACCAAGGCGGACGGCAAAACAAUACCGGCCUCAUGCUGUCCAGGAUCGGCGCGACAGCGGCCCACGCGCCUGCGAAGGUGGAGCUGUGUCUCCGCGCCGCGCCGCCGUGCCUCGCAUCAUCAUCAUCAUCAUCACGAAGGGGGCCGAAAAGCCAUCAUAUCGGCCACAGAAGCAAUGGGUUCGUUGUCUGGACCGCACGGCGGGGCUACGCCAGCAGCAGAAGCGUCAUCACAAAGGACAAGCCCGACUCAAAGAUCGCGGUGCUCGGCGGUGGGCUGACGGGGCUAUCCACGGCCCUGUUCCUCUCCGUCUUUGCACCCAGGGCCAGCAUCACGCUGUACGAGGCCAACGAGCGCCUGGGCGGCUGGGUGCACACGGUCGACUCCGAGGCCGAGGACUCACAGGGGAGGCCGCAUAGCGUACGGUUCGAACGAGGGCCGAGGGUGGUGCAGCUCAAGGAGGGCGAUGCAAACUCUCGCCUCUAUGUGUUGUUGCUUCAUCAACUGGGCAUAGCAGACCAGGCGUGGGCUUUGGGCCAAGAUUCGGAACUGGCGCGCCGCUACAUCUACCACCCAGACCAUCUUAUCGAUCUCACCGGCCCUUCGAACAGUGACAACCGCCUCAUCAAAGCUGUUUCAUUGGCUCGCUUCGCCGGUAGGAUGCUUAAAAACGCACUGACGGAACCAGCGCUCAAGGGCCUGCUGCCAGCCCUCGCCCACAUGCUCUCCAACAGAAAGCCGCUGGGGGCCGAGGAGUACUGCCGGUGCCUCGUCGACAGCGAGGACGAGUCGAUAGGCAGCUGCCUGACGCGGAUAUUUGGCGGACGCAGCAGCGUGGCCGACAACCUGGCCUCGGCCAUGACGCACGGCAUCUACGGCGGCGAUAUUUGGAAGCUGAGCAUCCAGUCGACGCUGUUUGCGAGGGCGCAGAUGUUUCCCUACCGCCUCGACGUGCCCAAGGCGUCGAGAGCUUCUAGCUUUUCCGUGGAGAGGCUCAGCGACCUGAACAUGAUGACAUUUGUCACCAAGGCCUCGUCCAAGGACUCUGUGGUGACUGGUCAGAGGCUCCUGGGCGGCUACACGGGCUUCUACGGCGGCAUGGAGGCGCUCACAGAGGCGUUAGUGCAGGCUUUGCGCAAGCGGAGCAAUGUUACGAUAGAGACGGGCAGCUUGGUGGCUGAUGUAGCGCCGUCGUCAAAUAAACUUGUAGAGGUCAAAACAGCCAAGUCAACGGCAACUUUUGACAAGGUCAUAUCGACCUUGUUCAGCCGGCAGCUGGCUUCUAUUACAGGCGGACGCGUUCCCGCCCUCGGCGAGAAAAAGGGUGCGUCCAUGCAUGUAGUCAACAUCUGGUUCCCGAGAUCCGGCCUGAACCAUCCGCACCACGGCUUUGGCUACCUUAUAUCAUCCCAAGCCGACGUCGAACGGGGUCUGCUUGGUGUCCUCUUCGACUCUGACCGCGAAGGAGCCAUCUGGCGGGAAUCAGAACAACGGGAACAGGGCGAAAAGGUCUCAUCCUUGGUCGCCCGCCAGCAACCCCCAACCGGCACCAAGCUGACGGUUCUCCUGCGCGUGCCCUCGGAGGACGAGCCAUCACGGACUCCCGAACAGGCCGAAGUCAUCGCCCUCGCCCACGUCCGGCGGCAGUUCGGCAUCGCUGCCGACGAACCCGUCCACACCCAGGUUAGCACUGCGCGCGACUGCAUCCCGCAGCACGAGGUCGGCCACCAGGAGAGCCUGGCAGCCGCGCACGCCCAGCUCGAGUCCGCCUUUGGGGGCCGCCUCGCUGUCGCGGGCCCCUCGUACACCGCACCGGGCAUCCUGCCCUCCAUCCGCGCCGCCUUUGACGUCGCCGCCAGCUGCACCGGACUCGAUGCCGCCUACCGCGGCCUGGCCCCGUCUGCUGCCGACCACGCGCCGGCCGAGUUUUCCCUCGUUUCCGACCCGACCGUGGGUGCCACGGGACUGGGCCGCUUCGCCGACGGCAGGAGGUCCAUGUGGGAUGACCUCGCAAUAGUCGAUGGCGCGGUCAAGGCGGACUUUGUGGGCCUGAAGAAGGAGUCUCUGCAGCGCGUAAUCGUGCCCCGGCUGCAGUUUGGUAGCUUUUCCAAGUCCUCGUAGCCGGGGACCAUUACGGAUAGAUGGCACUGGAUGUGCGUACAAACGACGCAGGAUUGUAUAGGUCAAUUUUGAAGCCUUGGUGCUAUCGACAACCAUGUUCAAGAUCAUGUAUGUAUACGCGCGGGAAUCUAUUGGGUGGCUUUCAAGGUCAUCCGUUCCAUGUAUCCAACUGGGCUCAUGUAUUCAAACAAUGUAACAAUCCCGAACAAGAAUCAAAGCAGAAUCAAUAUAUAUAUUUUGCCAUA